AUGGGAACAGAUAACCAGACUUGGGUGAGGGAGUUUAUUCUUCUUGGCCUCUCCAAUGACUGGGACACCAAAGUCACCCUCUUUGUCCUGUUCUCCAUCACAUACUUGGUGACAGUGCUGGGGAACUUCCUCAUUGUCCUUCUGAUCAGACUGGACAGCAGACUCCACACUCCCAUGUAUUUCUUUCUCACCAACCUCUCACUUGUUGAUGUCUCUUAUGCCACAAGCAUUGUUCCUCAGAUGCUGGUGCAUUUUCUUGCAGGACGUAAAGUAAUUCCUUAUGUGAGCUGUGCAGCCCAGUUGUUUUUCUCCCUGGGCUUGGGUGGGAUUGAGUUUGUUCUACUGGAAGUAAUGGCCUAUGACCGCUAUGUGGCUGUGUGUGACCCCCUGCGAUACUCAGUCAUCAUGCAUGGAGGUCUCUGCACUAGGUUGGUCAUCACAUCCUGGGUCAGUGGCUCCAUCAACUCUCUCAUGCAGAGCACCAUCACCUUUCAGCUGCCCAUGUGCACAAACAAGUUUAUUGAUCACAUAUCCUGUGAAAUCCUAGCUGUGGUCAGACUGGCCUGUGUGGACACCUCCUCCAAUGAGAUCGCAAUCAUGGUUUCUAGCAUUGUCUUACUGAUGGCACCUUUCUGCCUGGUUCUCUUGUCCUACAUCAAGAUCAUCUCCACCAUCCUAAAGAUCCAGUCCACAGAGGGCAGGAAGAAAGCCUUUCAAACGUGUGCCUCUCACCUCACAGUGGUUGUCCUGUGCUAUGGCAUGACCAUUUUCACUUACAUCCAGCCACAUUCCAGUCCCUCUGUCCUUCAAGAGAAGUUGAUCUCUAUCUUCUAUGCCAUUUUGAUGCCUGUGCUGAACCCUGUGAUUUAUAGUAUAAGGAAUAAGGAGGUGAAGGAAGCCUGGCAGAAACUACUACGACAAUUAUCUGGAUUAACGUCAAAACUGGCAAGUUGAUGAAUCAUGAGCAUCACUUAGAGAAAAGAGC